GGCCGUCAACACAACUAGUGGAGUGUUUGCUUUUGGAAAGACGUAACAGUUCGAAACGUAUACAUUUGGUUAUAAAUAGCCUUAAACAAAAGUGCAUGGCCACUUCUCAUUUUCUUUUUAUGAUAAAAAAUAAAAAUAAAAAUGAAAGUACAUUGAUUGCAUUGGAAAUAGAGAAGCACAUUGGAAGAAUACUUGGGCAAAAAAGAGAAUGAUAAUCGACGUGAAACAACAAAUUGAAUUACGUCUCUAACAGUGAGAUUGAGUUUUUUUUACUGAAGGUGAUUGAGUCAAUCAGUAGCAAGUCAUUGACGAGUACAACUUGGUGCUUUUGUAAAAUUUAAAUUCCUCUGACUUGAGGGUUGGAUCAAAAAAAAAAAAAACUGUCUUUCAAUUACUCUUAUGAUCUUCCUAUCCCAUAAAUUCGUUACUAUAGAACACCCAUGGCUUUAGUUGCCAUGCAAAGGGAGAAGAGCCCUUCGUUUGACAGAACAUAACGAAACAGUAUUUCUUGCUCUACCUACCAAUUUGAUAGUCUUAUCCAAGGAACCCUCUCUUGGCUUUACGAACCCAAGGACCCACAAUUAAUAAGGGUUCCGAAAUCAGGAAAACAUCUUUGCUUUAAGGUUUUAGGACUCUCAUUUCGUUUCCUUUUGCUAUGAAACAGGGGAAUUCAUGUAUCUUUGAGGAGUUAUUCUUGCAACAGUUUUGCUACAAUGAAACGAACUGACUAAUUUCUGUCUUUUUAGAUAGUACCCUUACAAGUUAUGUUCCUCAAGUACAAAUCAUCGACCUAUUACUUCUUCAUCUGUUUAUUCUUACUGAUUUUGUAAAGACAUACAAUUAUUCGCAUUUAUGAAGCUCGGUGUCCUGUUGGAUUUCCUCCUUGGGAAAAACCCAUGGAUCUUGACAGCAUGAACAAGUGAAGCAAGCAUCGUUUGUCGAGACUUCACUAUGGCCUUUCAAAAGCAAAUCUAUGGACUACAAAAGCUUUUACAGUUGACAAGCCUUUCUUUUGUUACAUUGACUAUCAUUUGAAUGCUGACAAUUAAAAGUUCACAUCUUGUCUUUACAUACAUUUUCUCGCUCUAGUGUCUAUUCAAAAUAAAUAACCUACAAGAAGAAAUAUCUAACACUUAGUGUUAAUUAUAAGCAAGUCCCGGGUAGCUCAAUCGGUUUAGAGCGUCUGACUCUUAAGAAGGUUAUCAGAAGGUUGCGAGUUCGAGUCUCGCCUUGGGAGUUCUUUUUGUUCCAUCAUGGAGCUCAUCAUGGAGUUUGAAAAAAAAAGGAUUUUUAAAUAUAAAAGGGUUUUUGAAAUCGAGUUUGUGUAAACGCCUUUUAAUUUCGAGGAUUGAUUUGAUUUUUAAAAGUGUUUAGUAUUAUGGUCUGUACUCAUUAUGUUUAAAAACCAUAUGUUGAGUUUAGAGAUGUAGAAUUGCAACUUUUGCUUUUUCUGAUUCUUCUCUUGGUUUUGUUUACUGUAACUUCGCCAGUAGAAUGUCGGUCAAAGCAAUAGUAAUAAAAAAAAACGCAAUAGGAAUCUAAACUCUUUUUAACUUCUUACUGCGUGACCAAAAAAAAAAAAUAAAUAAAUAAAAACGAAACAUUUCUCAUCAUUAUUUCUAAUUUUGCCAACCUGGUUUUUCCAAUUUCUCUUCCUAUUUAUCUUUGCAGGAGCAUCAGAAUCGCCCUAUGAGUGCUGACCAUUUUCUAUUUCACUGUCAGUUUUUUCCUGGCUAUAUCUUAAGUAUACUUUCCAUGAGAACCUGUAAAGAUACUUCUUACCAGUGAAAUCCCUCCUUACGAUAUAGGAACAAGCAUACGGAAGUAGAGUCAGAGAAAGACAGAGUGAGUAUAUGGAUAUGAACACUUUAGGAAAUGAAAUGUAUUCUUCCUAAUCGACCGAUUGCAAAAACGAAAAAAUUAGAUUCAUAAACUGUUUCGAUUGUCUUGUUUCAAUUGAUUAUUCUUAGCUACAACGUAGUCAGCCGUGUUUGUUUAUCAAUGCUAUACGUUAUUUUACCGUAAAGGCUUUGAAAAAAAUAAAAGAAACCAAGCAUCUUUAUGAAGACAAGACGAUUGAAUAUACUAUAAUAUAAAAAAUCAAUUGUAUGGGUUUCUUCGUUUAAAGUGUUCCUUUUUCAAGAUCUUUUCAAUUAUGACUAAUCAGUAUUGUAAUAAUUACUAAUUAUGACUAAUCAAUAUAAAUGUGAAUUUAGGUCAAGCGUAAAUUGUCUUUAGCACAUUUCCUGAAUCAUCGCGUUUUACUAUUGUACAAUGGCUUCCUGCUGCCCUACUAACAUUGGUGCUGUUCCUCCUAGCGGAAAGUACACUUUUCAAGGUAAAGAAAUAAAUUUUGGAGGUUUAAACACCUAUGCCGUUGGCAGCAUUUCCAACAAAAAGGUCAUUCUUUCCGUUUUGGACGUUUUUGGACUUUCUGAGCAAAUCAAAAUUGGCGCUGACAAGCUAGCCCAGGCUGGCUUCACUGUUUAUUUGCCUGACUUUUUCAAAGGUUCUCCUUUGCCUGUAGAAUCUUACCCUCCUAUUACUUCCGAGCAAAAAAAAGUUUGUAGCGAGUUUUUUUCAACUCGUGUCUCUCCUGCGGAUCAUUUGCCCAAUCUAGAAAAGGUUUUGGAUGCUAUCAAGAGCACCCAUGGUAACGAUGUCCAAAUUGGAGCACUUGGCUACUGCUGGGGUGCUAAGCUUUUAGUUACCUAUCCUCACACUUCUGAAUUUGUUAAUAUUGCUUGUUGUCACGCAGCAUUCAUUGACCCUGCUGAUGCCAGGAAUGUUCACGUACCAGUUUUUUUCUUAUCUUCUAAAGAUGAGGAUGCCAACAUCAUUGAUGGUUUCGAAGAAGAAUUCAAGAACAAUCCUGCCUAUAAACAAUCUUCUUUCCAAACUUAUCAUGAUAUGCAUCAUGGCUUUAUGUCCGGUCGUGCUGACCUUUCUAACGAAAACAAUAAAAAGCGUUAUGAUGAGGGCUAUGAAAAGUUGAUCGCCUUUUUCCAAUUUUUGAUGAAAUAAAAAUGUUUACUGUAUCAAUCAUGGUUUGGGAGUAUAAAUAUAUAUAUAUAUAUUUAUAUAUAUUUGUGAUACGUUUUAUCUUUCCUUUUCUUUUGGUCUCUCAUUCUGAACCUAUAUGUAACUUAUAGAAAUUGGUUUUGUAUGUUACUACUGAUUUCUUUUCGAUUUUCGUGUUUUGUAGAUUUUGUUUUGAUCUGCAAUAGUCAUCGAUCUCUAAUGCUGCCAAGGAAAGGAUUCGAUGGUUUGCUUACAUUCAUUUUUAAAAAAGAAAAACAUGGAAAAUCCGAAUAUUCGUACUCUUCUCUGUUUUGUAUAGAGACGGAUGAUGGGAUAAUAUGAAAACGUUCAAGUUUUCUUCAUAAAGCCUUAGGAACGAAUGUCUUUUCACCCUUGCAGACAAAUCAAGUAUGAAUUAUUCGGUUCUUUUAUUAUAUUUUAUAAACAAAUCAAACCAACCUUCAUGAAUUUUUUCAGUAAAAGGAAGUUGAAUCGUUGCACUUGUAAAUUCCAAAUGAAUCUUUUUUACCUUCAUAUAUGAAUAUACUACUCCUUGUUGAAUGAAACAAUUCCUUUCUGUAAUUUGAUUUCUC